UUCCUAUGCCGAAGCCCUUUCUGUUGCAUCCAGGACAGGCUUUUGAAUGGUUCAGGUUUUCUAAACACGAACCAAUGGACCUGCGUGAUUAUCAGUGGGAGGUGAUUGGGCCUGCUUUGGAAGGAAAGAAUAUAAUCAUAUGGCUGCCAACAGGAGCUGGAAAGACCCGAGCGGCUGUCUACGUUUGCAAGAAGCACUUGGAGAGUCAAGAUAAGAACAAGGUGGUUGUGUUAGUCAACACAGUACCUCUAGUCGACCAACAUCUGAAGAAUGAGUUCAGUUUCUUACAAAGUCAAUUCCAAAUUACAUCUAUUUGUGGUGAUAGUAUCCAGAAGCUAUUCUUCUCAGAUAUGGUAAAGAGCCACGACCUGAUAAUCUGCACAGCCCAAAUCCUGUAUAAUGCCCUCAGCAACCAAGAAGAAGAAAUGCAUGUGGAACUGACUGAUUUCUCUCUGUUGGUGAUUGACGAGUGUCACCACACUCACAAAGGAACUGUUUAUAACAAGAUUAUGGAGAACUACUUGGACCGCAAGCUGAAAGGCCAACAGGAUUUACCUCAGAUUUUGGGACUCACAGCCUCUCUAGGUACUGGAAGUUCAAAUACCUUGGAAGCAGCUAAGGCCCACAUUCUGGAGAUCUGUGCUAACCUGGAUGCUGAAAGAAUUAUGUCAACACAUAAACAGAAUCUGGAUGAUCAUGUCCCAUGUCCCAAGAAACAGUACGAUCUGGCGGAACCAAGGUUGCAGGACCCAUUUGGAGAAAAGCUCAGGGAGAUAAUGACCCAGAUUUAUACUUACCUAAAUGUACCUGACAUUACUGCAAACUUUGGUACCAAGGUCUUUGAGCAGCAAAUUGUGGCGCUUGAAAUGAAAGGAGCAAAAGAAUGUUGCCAAAAAACCCGGGUUUGUGCCCUGCACCUUCGGAAAUACAAUGACGCCCUGCUGACCAAUGAAACUGUGCGCAUGAUUGAUGCCUUCAAUAUGCUGGAUGAGUUUUACCACGUAGAACGUGCUACUAAGAAAUUAACACAGAAAAGCGAACAAUAUCUUUUCCAGCUCUUCGAUGAGAACAGGUUGUCUCUCUUGGGCCUUGCUAAAGACAGUCGCUACGAGAAUCCCAAACUUGGCAAGCUGCAACAAGUCCUGCAAGACCAGUUCCAAGAACUGAAGAGCUCACGGGGCAUUGUGUUUACCUGGACACGCCAGAGUGCCUAUUCACUACAUGAGUGGGUCCUGGGUAACCAGGCUUUGUGUGCACUUGGGAUCAAGUCUGAUGUUCUAACUGGGGCUGGUUCCAGCAGUCAGACGAAACACAUGACGCAGCAAGAACAACAAGAUGUUCUCCAUCGCUUCCGAAAGGGGCUACUCAACCUUCUUCUUUCCACCAGCGUGGCUGAGGAAGGGCUGGACAUCCCCGAGUGUAAUAUCAUAAUCCGUUAUGGGCUGAUGACAAAUGAAAUUGGCAUGAUGCAGGCCAGAGGCCGUGCCCGUGCCCCAAACAGCAUCUGUUCUGUUUUGGCCAAGUCCAACAGCAAGGAGGUGGCCCGUGAGAGGCUUAAUGAAACUUUGGAGAUCCUGAUGGAGAGUGCCAUAAAAUGGGUGCAGGAGAUGCCUGAGACAGAAUACCACCAAAAGAUUGCAAAAUUGCAGCAUGAAGCCAUGAUCAGCAGGAAAUUGCGGGAUAUGAAACUUCAGCAGCAGCGCCAGCUACACGACCCAGACAGUGUACGUUUCUGUUGCCUAAACUGCAACCUGGCCGUCUGCCGUGCCAGUGACCUGCGCAAAAUAGAGAAUAUGCACCACAUCAACAUUAAUUCCAACUUCAGCCUGUAUUACAAAAAGUCACCCAAUUGUGUGGCACUUUCCCGCGAAUUCAAAGACUGGAAGCCAGGAAGUUCCAUCAGUUGUGAUAAAUGUGGGCAGAUCUGAAUUGAGUUGGGAAGACUACGUGGCAUCUUCUUUGCUACUGGGGGUUUUCUGAAUGCCUUGAAAGAACAUGAUUAUCGUUUGCAACAUUGACCGAAAUGACAAGUUCCAAACAAAAUUCGUGCUUUUUAGGCUGCAAGAAUUGGAACUCAUUUUGAAGCAUUUCCACAUCAUAAUUGGAGUAAUCCCACCUUCACCUCUUACACAAGACAUGUAAAUGUCCAGAUAGCUAGUACUUAGGAUGCCUGCUUUCUCCUGAGAGGACAAGAGAUAAAACUCCUAUCAGUUUAUCUAUUUCCCUUAAUUUAAGCUGAAACUGCCACCUGUAAGAAGGGAAGUAUUGUCACAAUCGGGAAAUUAUCUGUCCUCAAUCUUGUCAGAACUUAACUGGUGUCCAGAGACAACCAGAAAAUCCAUGCGAUUGUGUUGUUCUGAAACUGAUUCAAAACUCAGCUCAGUUAUGGAGGGGUUAAAACCCAGAGCUGCUUUUGAGCACUCCCUAUGUGGAAAUACUCUCAGAGUCACAAAGGCACUACAGGACUGGGAGCUUACUGGAAUGAAGAUGAACUAGAAGUUGGCUGGGAAGGGUUCCUGAUUUGGAAAAUCAAUGUAUGAGUAAGAGAUGUUCGGAGAAUGAAGAGGAAGAGAAGGUUCAUACAGAGCAGCUUCAAGGAUACGUAAACGGAGAUCUACCUGGAUUUCAAACAAAGGUCUAGUAAUCCAUGACAAAUUUGUGAAAAAUAUUUUGGGAAUACUAAAGUGUAUGUGAGGAAGGAAUGUAACACAUAUUUCCCAUCUCUCACACAACAACCUAAUUGCAUGUUCUGCUACUUACAAUUUGGUUUCUAAAGUACAUUUUGCAACGCCUCAAUCCUGUCUGGUAAAAUCAUUGCAUUUUUUUUUUAACCAAGUUUGUAGAUUGCCCCAA